CCGUGCAUCGUCAAACACAGCUCGACGCAAUCACUAGUGCUGGAACCCGACCCUUUGACAGCAGCAGGACUGACCCCUCCCCCCUUCUUUGUCACGCCUAAGCCGCAUAGGCGAGGCCAGCUCAUCAUCAGAUCACCGGCCUGGCGCCAAAAAUAAAACCUGCGCAACAGCAGCCAGCGUUCUGUCCGCCGUCGAGGAUGCCCAGCUUCGGUCGCCUGGGCAAGCACAGCAACCGUUCGCAGCACGCGGUUGCAGAGGCGUCGCUACAACAGCAGCAACAGCAGCAGCAGCAACAGCAACAGCAACAACCGCCCGGAGCGCCGCCGCCGCCGUCGUCUUCGUCGACUACAAGAACACCCGCACCGACGGCUGAGGCAGCUUUGCAGGACGCGACCCCUCAGUCAGCCUUGCCGCCGCCGAGUGCCCUCAGCUCCAGCGAGUCGUUUGCCAUCGCGUCGCAGCUCCAGCAGCAGCAGCUCCAGCAGCAAUUGCAACAGCAGCAGCAGCAGCAACUCCAGCAGCAGCAGCUCCAGCAACAGCAACAGCAACCCGCAGCUGGUCCUGGGCCGCCUCUCCUGUAUCACUCGGGCUCGUCCGGCGUCGGCCCCUCGCCUGUGCCUGGAGUGCAGAACCCCGCUGCUGGGCCAGUUUCAGCGCCCGCGUUUGAUAGCCACCAGCAGCAGCUCCAGCACCAGCAGCUACAGCACCAGCACCAGCACCAGCUAGGCCAGCUGCCUCAGCCCCAGCUUCAGCUCCAGCAUCAACAUCAACAGAUCCAGCAACCACCACCACCACAACAGCAACAGCAGCAACAACAACAGCAACAACCGCCGCCUCAGCAGCAGAACAAGCUGCAAAAGCAACCUCCGCCGCCGCCGCAGCAGCAGCAACAGCAACAGCAACAGCAACACCAGCAGCAGCCCGGCGACUUUGCUGACCCCCCCGCCGCCCCUCGCCAGAGCCAGAGCCAGCGCUACAGCGCCUCGCUCCACCACCUCUUCAACGGCUCGCAGACGUCACUCCACGACCUCGUCGGCUACCACCAGGGCCAGGCCGCUCCGCCCGCCUCAGCCGCCGCAUCCCAGACGUCUGCCACGCCCGAGAAGCGAUCGGCCCGCAAGAUCAUCAAGGGCAUCUUCUCCGGCCGCAGCCACGACGGUCACCGUGACCAGCAGACCCCCGCCUCUGCCUCGUCCCAGUCGUACGACAACACCGUAGGGCUCGCCCGCCGGCCGUCCAAGCGCAUCAGCAACAGCAACCCGCCCAACGUCAAGACGGGCCUGUCGCCGAACCCCGACCGCGAUUGGCACACGCCCAGCUCGUCGGUCCACCAGACAUCGCCGCUGCAAGGAGUGGGCGAGGCUGACGAGUACGGCUACACGGAGCACGACCAGCAUCAGCACCAGCACCAGCAUCAACAUCAACAGCACGAUCCCUACCAGCAGCACAACCAGUAUCAGCAGCACCAGCAGGACCCCCGGCUCUCCGUGUCCGUGCCGCCCAUCAACACCAUCCGCGACGCAGCCGCCCCCGACGACAUCACAUCGCCCUACGACGACGCCUACCACCAGCCGCUGCCUCCCCCGCCAUCUCAGCUGCAGCCCCAGUCCGCUCACGCCCAGGUGCUUGCAUCCCAGGAGUCCCUGCAGCAGCAGCUACAGCUUCAUCAGCAACAGCAGCACCAGUUUGAACUGCAGCUACAGCAACAACAACAGCAGCAGCCGCAGCUUCGGUACGACCCGCAGCAAGUCGGCUACGAUCAGCAGGGCCUCCAUCAGCAGCAGCAGCAGCAGCAGCAGCAGCAACAACUCCCGCCACCACCCCAGCAGUAUUACACCGCUAGCUCACCGCAAGAUCAGUAUCAUCAGGCGACAGAUCCGCGCAUCGUCACCACGCAUCUGGGCCAACAGCAGCUGCAUCAGCAGCAGAACCCGGAAACCGUAUCCCAGCUGUCACGCGAAUCCCCUAUUCCCGACGCCGAUCAGCGAUCACUGAACCAGCAGCUGGAACAGCAACCGUCGCCUGCCAUUCACUACUCGGUGCCGGCUCAGGAGUCUGUCUCGAGCAUCAAUCUACCGCCCGUCCAGCCCUCGAACCAGCAGCAACAGCAGCUCUCUCAAUCUACCAUGGCACCACCACCUGGAGGAGGAGGCGCUCCUACGAACCGUCGACAAGCGGACGCUGACAAGGCCCUUCCCGGCGCACCCCCAGGAUUCCGCAUCACUCACACCAACUCGAACAUGGGCCAGCCCGGCCAGCAGCCUGCCGGAGGCGCAGGCUCUGGUGCUGCCGCUGCCGGCAAUGCUGGCAGCGCGGGUGCUCCUCCGCGGUAUGAAGCAGCGAGUAGCGAUCAGGGGCGGAAUAGUCCUCAGCCCUCGACGCACGAGCGCGACAAUGCCGAGUCGGAAAAGGCGUUUAAGGAACUGCUCACAAAGUACAAAAAUGUAAAGCGCCUCUACUUUGAUGGCAAGUCGCAGAUCGAACAGCUCAACGGCCAAGUCGAGCAUCUGCAGAAUGCCGUCGCCAACCAGCGCAUGUCUCAGUCGCGGACUGCGCUCGACGACAACGAGUACGUCAACAGGUUCAACAGACUCAACGGCGCCAUCAACAACCUGUCGUUCAACAUCCGCAAAGACUGGCGACGCCUGCCCCAGUGGCUCGAGAAGUUUGUCAGCCCAGACGCCCUCAAGACGGGCAAGCAGGAGAUGACGGCGGUGGGCAGAGCCGUCAUCACCAAGUGGGUGGUGGACGAGAUCUUCAACAAGGUGUUCCACCCCGAUCUGGAGGCCGGCUUCAGCGCACAGCUCAAGGAGAUUGAGCUGCACAUCCGCGGCAAUGCGUAUACGAUGCACAGCCAGGAGGAGUUUGACGCGCUGACGACCAAGGUUGUCAACUGGCGAAUGGCGACGCUGGACGGACUGCAGCACAAGCUCAACUCGACGACAUCGGCGGACAACCGCGCGUCGCUCAUCACCAAGAUGACGACCAACCUGGCGGCCCACCUGUACCAGUUCCUCAUUGAGCCGCCGCCGGCCGGAGUGGAAGGCAGCACGUCGAUGAUUGUGGAGCUGGCCGUGGGCAUCGCCGCCAACCUGCCGCGAGAGAGUCGAGAUGUGACCAUUAUGUAUCCGCUACCGGGCGACGUGCUGCAGGCGGCUUUCAUGGAGGUCGAAAAGGGCGGCCUUCCGUCUCUGGACGGCCAGAAAGAGGGAGAGGCCAAACCGGAUGCCGAAGCAGACAAGGACAAGAAUGGCAGCAGCGGAGACUCCAGCAAGGCUGCGAACAGCACCUGGCUGGACGAGAGAUGA